GUCCCGGCUGCCGGGCAAAGGCCUCCUGGGUGAGGGAGCCAGUGGCCCCAGCGUGUGGUGGCCUUGAGGCGCGGGACAUGGAAGCACGAGCUCUCCCUAGGCUUCACCAUGAGUUUCCUCAUCGACUCCAGCGUCAUGAUUACUUCCCAGAUACUUUUUUUUGGAUUUGGGUGGCUUUUCUUCAUGCGCCAAUUGUUUAAGGACUAUGAGGUGCGCCAGUAUGUUGUACAGGUGAUCUUCUCUGUGACUUUUGCGUUUUCCUGCACCAUGUUUGAGCUCAUCAUCUUUGAAAUCUUGGGAGUAUUGAAUAGCAGCUCCCGGUAUUUUCACUGGAAAAUGAACCUGUGUGUAAUCCUGCUGAUCCUGGUUUUCAUGGUGCCUUUUUACAUUGGCUAUUUUAUCGUGAGCAACAUCCGACUAUUGUAUAAACAGAGACUGCUGUUUUCCUGUCUCCUGUGGUUGACCUUUAUGUAUUUCUUCUGGAAAUUAGGAGAUCCAUUUCCCAUUCUCAGCCCGAAGCACGGGAUCUUAUCCAUAGAACAGCUCAUCAGCCGGGUUGGUGUGAUCGGGGUGACUUUCAUGGCCCUACUUUCUGGAUUUGGUGCUGUCAACUGCCCAUAUACUUACAUGUCUUACUUCCUCAGGAAUGUAACUGACACAGAUAUUCUAGCCCUGGAACGACGGCUGCUCCAAACCAUGGAUAUGAUCAUAAGCAAAAAGAAAAGGAUGGCAAUGGCACGGAGAACUAUGUUCCAAAAGGGGGAGGUGCAUAACAAACCUUCAGGAUUCUGGGGAAUGAUAAAGAGUGUCACUACUUCAGCACCUGGAAGUGAAAAUCUUACUCUUAUUCAACAGGAAGUGGAUGCUUUGGAAGAAUUAAGCAGGCAACUUUUUCUGGAAACAGCUGAUCUCUAUGCUACCAAGGAGAGAAUUGAGUAUUCUAAAACCUUCAAAGGGAAAUAUUUUAAUUUCUUGGGUUACUUUUUCUCCAUUUACUGCGUUUGGAAAAUCUUCAUGGCAACCAUCAACAUCGUUUUUGAUCGAGUGGGGAAAACUGAUCCUGUCACAAGAGGCAUUGAGAUCACUGUGAAUUACUUGGGAAUCCAGUUUGAUGUGAAGUUCUGGUCCCAACACAUUUCCUUCAUUCUGGUUGGAAUAAUCAUUGUCACAUCCAUUAGAGGAUUGCUGAUCACGCUUACCAAGUUCUUUUAUGCCAUCUCCAGCAGUAAAUCAUCCAAUGUCAUUGUCCUGUUAUUAGCGCAGAUAAUGGGCAUGUACUUCGUCUCUUCCGUGCUGCUGAUCCGGAUGAGUAUGCCUCUGGAGUACCGCACUAUAAUCACGGAAGUCCUGGGAGAACUGCAGUUCAACUUCUACCAUCGAUGGUUUGAUGUCAUCUUCCUGGUCAGCGCUCUUUCCAGCAUACUGUUCCUCUAUUUGGCUCACAAACAGGCACCAGAGAAACAUAUGACAUUUUGAACUCCUACUGCCACAGACUGGCAGUGACCAGUGGUAUCACAAUUUGGAUGGAAGAGGGAAAGUGGAGAGGGCUCAAGCUGAAUGUUUUCUAAAUGAAAUGCUGCAGCAGCAUAUUGUCCCUUCAGCAUUGGCCUUCCACCCCAGGUCACACGCAGCAUCAGCGAGGACUUGAGCAGAAGCAACUCAAAGCAGCGGUCCUCAGAAAACAUUUCCUGUGGAUUUGAAACUCAUGCCAGUUGGGAGUGAGGGUUGUGGGAAAUGAGCCAAGAAACUAGAGGGAAAAAGGCGUUGGAACUCAACUGGCCAGGGUUCACAUGGAGACCGUGGCUUUCCCUUGGGAUUGACUCAUUAAAAGCCAAAGGUGGUGA